CUACCUCGAAAAAAAAUAAUACAUCAACACAACCGCAUCCCGCCACCAUGGUUGCAUGUCCUAUCUGCGGGAAAGGAGUCAAAUCGAAAGAUAUCAAUGAUCAUAUUGAUUCAGGAUGUGAAUCUUAUCUCGAGUCGCCGCCUCUGACUCAGAAUGGCUCUACACAGAAUACAACAGCUUCCCAAAAGCCGUCCGUUUCGAGUUUCUUUCAAACACCUGCUGCGAAAAAGGCAGUAUCAUAUCCUACGCCAAAGCCAGAACCAAGUCCUACCUUAAGUAUACAACAAAAACCGGCCAGCAAUGGCAAACCCAAUACCUCAAAUCCGCCACCGCGAAAGCGUUCUUUUGAGGACAUCACAACAGCUGUGAAGGAGGAAGUGGAACCUGUUAUAAAGAAUGAGGACGUUCAGCCUGCGAAAAAGACCAAGACGAAUGCAUUCCAGAAAGCCGCCCCAUUGGCAGAGCGCAUGCGACCAACUUCUCUGGACGACGUCUGCGGCCAAGACCUAGUUGGACCACAAGGAGUUUUACGAAGCUUGAUAGAGCAAGAUCGAGUCCCUUCGAUGAUUCUUUGGGGUGGUGCUGGAACUGGAAAGACAACCAUAGCCCGUUGUAUAGCUUCUAUGGUUGGGUCUAGAUUCGUGGAAAUCAACAGUACCAGUUCGGGAGUGGCGGAAUGCAAGAAGAUAUUCGCAGAAGCACGAGGAGAACUGGGAUUGACGGGACGAAAGACGAUAAUCUUCUGCGACGAGAUACACCGAUUUUCGAAAUCACAACAAGAUGUGUUUCUAGGUCCUGUUGAGUCAGGGCAGAUUACGUUAAUCGGAGCGACGACAGUUUGUUAAAAACCGAUGCAUUUCAAGUCCUCGCAUAGCUGCUCAACUCCUAGAUCGCUGUCAAAGUCUAUACUAAUUGGUCAAUAGAGAAUCCAUCAUUCAAAGUACAAAACGCUUUAUUGUCACGGUGUCGGACAUUUACAUUGUCCAAAUUGACGGA